AUGUGUGUGGUGUGUGGUAGUUUUGGCCAGGGGGCAGAGGGCAGGUUGCUGGCCUGCUCCCAGUGUGGCCAGUGUUACCACCCCUUCUGUGUCAAUGUCAAGGUGAGCCCUUCUAUUUCCUAUACCAGACCUACAGUAUCUCUCAAAUGAUUAUCCACAACCAAGGAUGUAUACAGUGAGGGAAAAAAGUAUUUGAUCCCCUGCUGAUUUUGUACGUUUGCCCACUGACAAAGAAAUUAUCAGUCUAUAAUUUUAAUGGUAGGUUUAUUUGAACAGUGAGAGACAGAAUAACAACAAAAAAAUCCAGAUAAACGCAUAUCAUUUUUUUAAUAAAUUGAUUUGCAUUUUAAUGAGGGAAAUAAGUAUUUGACCCCCUCUCAAUCAGAAAGAUUUCUGGCUCCCAGCUGUCUUUUAUACAGGUAAUGAGAUUAGAUUAGGAGCACACUCUUAAAGGGAGUGCUCCUAAUCUCAGUUUGUUACCUGUAUAAAAGACACCUGUCCACAGAAGCAAUCAAUCAAUCAGAUUCCAAACUCUCCACCAUGGCCAAGACCAAAGAGCUCUCCAAGGAUGUCAGGGACAAGAUUGUAGACCUACACAAGGCUGGAAUGGGCUACAAGACCAUCGCCAAGCAGCUUGGUGAGAAGGUCACAACAGUUGGUGCGAUUAUUCGCAAAUGGAAGAAACACAAAAUAACUGUCAAUCUCCCUUGGCCUGGGGCUCCAUGCAAGAUCUCACCUUGUGGAGUUGCAAUGAUCAUGAGAACGGUGAGGAAUCAGCACAGAACUACAUGGGAGGAUCUUGUCAAUGAUCUCAAGGCAGCUGGGACCAUAGUCAUCAAGAAAACAAUUGGUAACACACUACGCCGUGAAGGACUGAAAUCCUGCAGCGCCCGCAAGGUCCCCCUGCUCAAGAAAGCACAUAUACAGGCCCUUCUGAAGUUUGCCAAUGAACAUCUGAAUGAUUCAGAGGAGAACUGGGUGAAAGUGUUGUGGUCAGAUGAGACCAAAAUCGUGCUCUUUGGCAUCAACUCAACUCGCCGUGUUUGGAGGAGGAGGAAUGCUGCCUAUGACCCCAAGAACACCAUCCCCACCGUCAAACAUGGAGGUGGAAACAUUAUGCUUUCGGGGUGUUUUUCUGCUAAGGGGACAGGACAACUUCACCGCAUCAAAGGGACGAUGGACGGGGCCAUGUACCGUCAAAUCUUGGGUGAGAACCUCCUUCCCUCAGCCAGGGCAUUGAAAAUGGGUCGUGGAUGGGCAUUCCAGCAUGACAAUGACAAAAAGCACACGGCCGAGGCAACAAAGGAGUGGCUCAAGAAGAAGCACAUUAAGGUCCUGGAGUGGCCUAGCCAGUCUCCAGACCUUAAUCCCAUAGAAAAUCUGUGGAGGGAGCUGAAGGUUCGAGUUGCCAAACAUCGGCCUCGAUACCUUAAUGACUUGGAGAAGAUCUGCAAAGAGGAGUGAGACAAAAUCCCUCCUGAGACGUGUGCAAACCUGGUGGCCAACUACAAGAAACGUCUGACCUCUGUGAUUGCCAACAAGGGUUUUGCCACCAAGUACUAAGUCAUGUUUUGCAGAGGGGUCAAAUACUUAUUUCCCUUACUAAAAUGCAAAUCAAUUUAUAAUAUUUUUAACAUAAGUUUUUCUGGAUUUUGUUGUUGUUAUUCUGUCUCUCACUGUUCAAAUAAACCUACCAUUAAAAUUAUAGACUGAUCAUUUCUUUGUCAGUGGGCAAACUUACAAAAUCAGCAGGGGAUCAAAUACUUUUUUCCCUCACUGUAUAUAAACACUGCAGCGUUUCCACUAAAUUUCGCAUGGCAUGGGGGCCCCCCCAUUGAUUUUGAUGGCAUAAGAACACGGCAUAAGCCAUGUCAAAAUUUGUAGAAUUGCAGGAAACUAGCUUUAAAAUGAUAAAAUGUUCUCUCAACCCCAUGACACAAUGUGUAGAAUUGCAGGAAACUAACUUCAAAAUUGAAAAAUAUUCUCUCCGCCCCAUGGCAAAAUGUGUAAAAUUGCAGGAAAUUAGCUUUAAAACAGCAACAUUUAGUCUCUGCGGCUACAUGUAUGCAUAGUUUGGUUUUAGCGUAUUCGCCAGGGGAUUCCCUACAGAUUGUAUUAGGCUCUGUGUCAACCUCCCCAAGCAGCUUUGAGCCAAGGUGUCAAAUAAAUACUGGGAUGAUUAACAGGUUUCACUUUAAGCACCUUGUGUGGAUUGUCUUAUUUUUUAUUUAAUUUUUUUGUCAUUUAGCAGACGCUCUUAUCCAGAGCGACUUACAUGAGCAAUUAGGGUUACGUGCCUUGCUCAAGGGCACAUCGACAGAUUUUUCACCUAGUCGGCUCGGGAUUAGAACCAGCGACCUUUCGGUUACUGGCACAACGCUCUUAACCACUAAGCUUCCUGCCACCUCGAUGGAUUGAUCAUGAAUUUAUCGCCACGCCAAGCCUUAUCCCUGCAAUGACACCCCCUCUGGCAGACAAAUAAGGGCCUAAGACAGUUUCCUUUGAUAUAGUGUUACGUUUUUUACAAAUAUCACCUCAAGCAGUUGACACUCCAAGCCGGCUUGCCUAACAUUGUCAUAUUCCAUUCUAGUUGGAACAAAACCGCUAAAAUAAAAUCCAUAGUAUGUAUAGAAGUUGUACUUUUAUGAUAAUCAUAUGCAGGCCACCCUCAUGCCUAUUUUGCCUCAAUGUAUUCAGUGAAUUGGCCCCUAAAUAUAGAAUGUACCCACCCCCCUUUAAUCUCUCCCCCUGAAAAAAAAAAAGCAUUCAAUAAUUGGGAGCCUAUCAGACUCACGCACACACGUUUUCUUCAACAUCACGCCUGCCUCUGCCAGCCAAUCGCACCCAUCCCAGCUAACACAGUGAUUAGCCCGAUUUGAUGUUAGCAGCACCGCGACGCACUGGCGGAAGCUAAUGGACGGGAAUGAUGGAGACGGCAUUAUUGAUGGCCCCUGCUAGCUAGCGAAACGGCUAAUUGCCCUCGGCAGCCAAGCGCGCUCAGCAGCACUUAGUGUGACUGACUGUACAUUUCACUCACGGCUAUACACAUUGGCUGCUUGGUUGUAAUUUUUAUUCAUUUUUAUUACAAGGCUAGUAAAAGAGAUAUGUACCCGUUAUUGACAACAUGGUGAGAAUAAGUAUCUUUUGUGGCAGCCGUUUCGGUCUGCCGGAUCCAAUGGAAUCGGUGGCCUACUGGCACAAAGUGGUGUUUAGUGGUGCUUAUAAGAACUAAGCCAUGAUACAGUUAGGAGUGAUUGGGUAAUGAUAUUGGUUAACUGUUUACUAUGCAAUCUCUAAAUACCUCACCCAGAUUGAGUACUGAAAUAAAAAGCACUUAUAAUGGAGAUGCCCAUUAACUAUGCUUUUUAGUCUAGGAGUAUGUUUAAUCUGGGUGGCUAAACUAUGCAAGUGGAAAUCGACCCACGUUCGACCAACGUCAGCUUUAUGUGGUAUCCUAUGGUAUUUGUUGUCUGGCUUUCAGCACAUAAUGGGUGGGGGAGGAAGGUCUUUCUCGAAUUGGUUUGAUCCUCCCUCCCCCUCCAUGGUUUAUUGGCUAAUAAAUACCUGUGUGUCCCUUUUGACAAAUAGCUCAGCAAUGACCUUUAACCUGGAAGAUGUGCUGCUGGGAACUAGAGAUUUGAUUAUUCCCCUGCUAUGUAAAUAUAGAACACACAACCAUUAGUCAAUAUGCUCCAUUGAAAUGGACCUUAAAGGGGAUUCCUAUCCCUGCCUUGCCCCUUUAUCCCCUCUCUGACCUCUACCUUUGCCCCCUGUGCCACCAGAUCACCCGGGUGGUGCUGAGUAAAGGCUGGCGCUGUCUGGAGUGCACGGUGUGCGAGGCGUGCGGCCAGGCCAGCGACCCGGGCCGCCUGCUGCUGUGUGACGACUGUGACAUCAGCUACCACACCUACUGCCUGGACCCACCCCUGCAGACGGUGCCCAAGGGCAGCUGGAAGUGCAAGUGGUGUGUAUAUGUCGUGACUGCUGCUAAUCAUAGAGCACAGCACAGCCAAUCAAAGCAUCAGAGCUUGUCUGGCUGCACCAAUGAUGCUGUCUAAUGUUUUUAGAAUGAAGAUAAUUUGUUUUUUUGUCUGUCUCUAUUCUUUCCCUUAGUAUCUCAUCUGUUGAUAUCUCUCCAUCUCUAUAAUGUAUCUUCUCAUCCAUCUCUCUCUCUGCGUCUCUCUCGCUCUCUCUCUGCCUCUCUCUCGCUCUCUCUCUGCCUCUCUCUCGCUCUCACUCUGUGUCUCUCUUGCUCUCACUCUGCGUCUCUCGCUCUCACUCUGCGUCUCUCGCUCUCUCGCUGCGUCUCUCUCGCUCUCUCGCUGCGUCUCUCUCGCUCUCUCGCUGCGUCUCUCUCGCUCUCUCGCUGCGUCUCGCUGUCCCUGAUGUUUUUCCUGGAGAGAAGUGGCUUCCUCGCUGCCCUUCUUGACACCAGGCCAUCCAGAUGCACUCACACCUGCCUGUUGCCAUUCCUGAGCAAGCUCUGCACUGUUGGUGCCCCGAUUCCGCAGCUGAAUCAACUUUAGGAGACGGUCCUGGCGUUUGCUGGACUUUCUUGGGCGCCCUGAAGCCGCCUUCACAACAACUGUACCUCUCUCCUUUUAAGUUCUUGAUGAUCCGAUAAAUGGUUGAUUUAGGUGCAAUCUUACUAACAGCAAUAUCCUUGCCUGUGAAGCCCUUUUUGUGCAAAGCAAUGAUGACGGCACGUGUUUCCUUGCAGGUAACCAUGGUUAACAGAGGAAGAACAAUGAUUUCACGCACCACCCUCCUUUUAAAGCUUCCAGUCUGUUAUUCUAACUCAAUCAGCAUGACAGAUAUCUCCAGCCUUGUCCUCGUCAACACACUCACCUGUGUUAAUGACAGAAUCACUGACAUGUUGUCAGCUGGUCCUUUUGUGGCAGGGCUGAAAUGCAGUGGAAAUGUUUUUUGGGGAUUAAGUUCAUUUUCAUGGCAAAGAGGGACUCUGAUCACUCUUCAUAACAUUCUGGAGUAUAUGCAAUUUGCCAUCAUAAAAACUGAGGCAGCAGACUUUGUGAAAAUUAAUAUUUGUGUCAUUCUCAAAACUUUUGACCAUGACUGUACAUCAACAUUAUUUUUUCUCUCUGUCACACGUUGUUGAUCUGUAGCAGAGCUUUAGCAGCUGUUUUCAGCCGCGAUAGGGAGGGAUGUCCCCCAUAUUAGGCAUAACAUCAGUCCCUAAUCCCCAGUCAAACAACACUCUGUUGACACUGCAGCGAGACGCAUUCAUUCAGGACUUUCCUUGGAGCCCCGCCAGUGACAUAUAUUUAUUUUUAGGGCAGCUGUUUUCAUGGUGGAUGAUCCAUACACACACACACACACACGUGACAAAUGUGUGCGUGUGUGGUAUAUAUCAGAUAGCGUAACUGAAGUGGGUUAUUUUGAAGUUCAUAGUAGGUUUGUGUGUCUAUGUUUACCCUCAGGUUUGCUUGGAUGAACAGUAUUUACACUGCCUUCAGACAGUAUUGACUUAUUCCACAUUUUGUUACAGCCUGAAUUCUAAAUGGAUUAAGUAGAUUUUUUUUCUCACCCAUUAAACACAAUUCUCCAUAAUGACUAAGUGUAAACAUGUUUUUAGAAAUGUUUGCACAUUGUUACGAACCCCGUGGCUUUAAAAGUCUAGGGUGAAUGGAAAAGAGGCCCGUAACAUAACUCAUGCGAAUCAGAAUAUUGCCAAGGAACAUUUAGAACAAAAUACACCGACAACCAUAAGCUACCGUCAAACACAAAAUGUUUAUUAUAAAACACACGGUAAAGGUUUGGGAAAAAGGGCUGAGCAGGACCCAAGGAAUGAAACAAAGUCAUAAACCCCUAAACUGAUCUUGCCUGCCUCAAGAACUACUAAGCUUACUGCUAACCAUACAAAAAUACAGUGGGUGGUCCGCUCAGGUCUAACUAGUGUGUUUAGACAAGGUUUUCCUACGGGUAGUGUAUGCCCAAGGGCGACUUGCUAAAUCCCCCUUUUCCCAGGCACAAACAAACAAUAUAGGUACCAUACGGACUAAACAGUUAACGAGUGAGUACACAAAAACAAGACACCACCGUAUACAUACUCACAAACAGAGUCUCUCUCAGAAAACACAACUGACUAGCUUUUAAAACAAGGGGAUGUGUGAUAUGAUUGGGUUAGAAAACAGAAACAGGUGGUGCAAUCAGGAGAAAUGUCCACUGAUUGGUCCACCUCAGCAAUCAGCAGAUUAACUGAUGACUGACAGUUGGGACACACCAACGACCUCCAAUCAGGAACACAAAGGACACCUGUGAUUAGGGCAGAAGGAGAGGAAAAACACAUACAGGAUACUUAUAUCCGUAACACAUAUUUAUUAAAAAUGUAAUACAGAAAUAUAUAUUCACAUCCCUUUAUGACACUCCAAAUUGUGCUCAGGUACAUCCAUACAUUUAUUUGGCUCAUCCUUGAGAUGUCACUACAACUUGAUUGGAGUCCACCUGUGGCCAAUUCAAUUGUUUGGACAUGGUUUAGAAAGAAACACACCUGUCUAUAUAAGGUCCCAUAGUUGACAGAGCAUGUCAGAGUAGAAAAUAUAUCAUAAAGUCCAAGGAACUGUCCGUAUAUCUUCGAGCUAGAAUUGUGAUGAGGCAUAUAUCUGGGGAAGGGUAGACACUAAUUUCUAGAGUGUUAAACGUUUCCAAUAACACAGUGGGUCUCCAUCAUUGGGAAAUUGAAAAAAUAUGGAACUACCCAGACUCUGCCUAGAGCUGGCCGUCCGACCAAACUGAGCAACCGGGCAUGAAGGACCUUUUUCAGGGAGAGGUGACCAAGAACCCAAUGACCACUCUGACAGAACUACAGAGUUCCUUGGCUGAGUUAGUCUACAGAACUUCACCAAUCUGGUCUUCAUUGGAGAGUGGCCAGACGGAAGCCACUCCUGAGAAAUAAAGCACAUGACAGCAUGCCUGGAAUUUGCAGAAAGACUGCAAGCAUAAGGAAAAGAUUCUCUGGGCUCUUUGGCAUGAAUGCAAAGCGCUAUGUCUGGAGAAAACCAGGCACAGCUCAUCACCCGUCAAACACCAUUCCUACCGUGAAGCAUGGUGGUGGCAGCAUCAGGAUAUGGGGAUGCUUUUCAAAUCAAAUAAAAUUUUAUUUGCCACAUGCGCCGAAUAAAACAGGUGUAGACAUUACCGUGAAAUGCUUACUUACAGCCCUUAACCAACAAUGCAUUUAUUUUUUAUAAAAAAGUAAAAUAAAGCAACAACAAUAACAAAGUGUUGAGAGAAAAAAAGAGCAGAAAUAAAAUAACAGUAGGGAGGCUAUAUACAGGGGGGUACCGGUGCAGAGUCAAUGUAUGGGGGCACCGGCUAGUUGAGGUAAUAUGUACAUGUGGGUAGAGUUAAAGUGACUAUGCAUAAAUAAUUAACGGAGUAGCAGGAGCGUAAAAAGAUGGGGUGGGGGGGGCAGUGCAAAUAGUCCGGGUAGCCAUGAUUAGUUGUUCAGGAGUCUUAUGGCUUGGGGGUAGAAGCUGUUGAGAAGCCUUUUGGACCUAGACUUGGCGCUCCGGUACCGCUUACCGUGCGGUAGCAGAGAGAACAGUCUAUGACUAGGGGGGCUGGAGUCUUUGACAAUUUUGAGGGCCUUCAGCGACAGGGACUGGAGACUGGUAAGGAUAGAGGGAACAAUGAAUGGAGCCAAAUACAGGCAAAUACUUAAUGAGAACCUGCUUCAGAGUGCAAACGACCUUAGAAUUGGGCAAAGAUUUACAUUCCAACAGAACAAUGACCCCAAGCAUACAGCCAAAGCAACGCUGGAAUGGCUUCAGAACAAGAAUGCGAAAGUCCCAUUUGAAAGUCUGUGGAAAGAUUGCUGUUCACUGCCACUCCCCAUCUAAUUUAACAGAGCAUGAGAUAAUCUGCAAGGAAGAAUGGGACAAAAUCCCCAAAUCCAGAUGUGCAAAGCUGAUACAGACAUACCCAAGACGACUCAAACCUGUAAUCGCUUCCAAAGGUGCUUCUACAAAGUAUCGACUCGGGUGUGAAUACUUUUCUGUAUUUCAUUUUCAAUACAUUUUCAAGCAUUUCUAAAAACAUGUUUUCACUUUGUCAUUAUGGGGUAUUGUAUGUAGAUGGGUGAGGAAAAACAUAUAUUCAAUCAAUUUUGAAUUCAGGCUGUAACAACAAAAUGUGGAAUAAGUCAAGAGGUGUGAAUACUUUCUAAAGGCACUGGAUGUGUGUGAUACAAGUGCAUUAUCUUUGGACACGUCUGUGUUGGGAUGUAUGCUAGAUAUACUGGAGUCACUGCGAUUGUAUGUGUGUAUUUCACCCCUGCUUAUCCUCGCCCCCUCACGCCACCCUCUCUCCCACCUGCCGUAGGUGUGUCUCCUGUACCCAGUGCGGUGCCACAUCCCCCGGCCUGAGGUGUGAUUGGCAGAACAACUACACCCAGUGCAGCCCCUGUGCCAGCAUGGCAUCAUGCCCGAUGUGCACGCGCAGCUACCGUGAGGACGAGCUCAUCGUGCAAUGCCGCCAUUGUGACAGGUGGGCAGUGCUCUCUCUGCCAGGCCAGAUGCCACCCGAGAAUGAUUUGGUGGCACUAGGACCUGGCAAGACUGUAGAUAUAGCAUGUUGGCAUCCAGCGUCCAGUUUGUCAAAGGCAACAGUCCAAAGAUCUACUACAUUGUAAUUUACUCAUCGUAAAGCUUGAUGGGGUGGAACAUAUCGUUGCUGUAGCAACCGGGUUAAUGCAUAUCAGAGUCUGUGUGAGUGAGUGCAUAGAUAAGUGCUUGUUUAUGUGUCUUUGUGCACCUGUCUCACUGUGUAUUUACACUUGUAUAUGUUCAAAUUGCAUGACAUAUACAGUGGGGGAAAAAAUGUAUUUAGUCAGCCACCAAUUGUGCAAGUUCUCCCACUUAAAAAGAUGAGAGAGGCCUGUCAUUUUCAUCAUAGGUACACGUCAACUAUGACAGACAAAAUGAGGGGAAAAAAAUCCAGAAAAUCACAUUGUAGGAUUUUUAAUGAAUUUAUUUGCAAAUUAUGGUGGAAAAUAAGUAUUUGGUCACCUACAAACAAGCAAGAUUCUUGGCUCUCACAGACCUGUAACUUCUUCUUUAAGAGGCUCCUCUGUCCUCCACUCGUUACCUGUAUUAAUGGCACCUGUUUGAACUUGUUAUCAGUAUAAAAGACACCUGUCCACAACCUCAAACAGUCACACUCCAAACUCCACUAUGGCCAAGACCAAAGAGCUGUCAAAGGACACCAGAAACAAAAUUGUAGACCUGCACCAGGCUGGGAAGACUGAAUCUGCAAUAGGUAAGCAGCUUGGUUUGAAGAAAUCAACUGUGGGAGCAAUUAUUAGGAAAUGGAAGACAUACAAGACCACUGAUAAUCUCCCUCGAUCUGGGGCUCCACGCAAGAUCUCACCCCGUGGGGUCAAAAUGAUCACAAGAACAGUGAGCAAAAAUCCCAGAACCACACGGGGGACCUAGUGAAUGACCUGCAGAGAGCUGGGACCAAAGUAACAAAGCCUACCAUCAGUAACACACUACGCCGCCAGGGACUCAAAUCCUGCAGUGCCAGACGUGUCCCCCUGCUUAAGCCAGUACAUGUCCAGGCCCGUCUGAAGUUUGCUAGAGUGCAUUUGGAUGAUCCAGAAGAGGAUUGGGAGAAUGUCAUAUGGUCAGAUGAAACCAAAAUAUAACUUUUUGGUAAAAACUCAACUCGUCGUGUUUGGAGGACAAAGAAUGCUGAGUUGCAUCCAAAGAACACCAUACCUACUGUGAAGCAUGGGGGUGGAAACAUCAUGCUUUGGGGCUGUUUUUCUGCAAAGGGACCAGGACGACUGAUCCAUGUAAAGGAAAGAAUGAAUGGGGCCAUGUAUCGUGAGAUUUUGAGUGAAAACCUCCUUCCAUCAGCAAGGGCAUUGAAGAUGAAACGUGGCUGGGUCUUUCAGCAUGACAAUGAUCCCAAACACACCGCUUGGGCAACGAAGGAGUGGCUUCGUAAGAAGUAUUUCAAGGUCCUGGAGUGGCCUAGCCAGUCUCCAGAUCUCAACCCCAUAGAAAAUCUUUGGAGGGAGUUGAAAGUCCGUGUUGCCCAGCGACAGCCCCAAAACAUCACUGCUCUAGAGGAGAUCUGCAUGGAGGAAUGGGCCAAAAUACCAGCAACAGUGUGUGAAAACCUUGUGAAGACUUACAGAAAACGUUUGACCUGUGUCAUUGCCAACAAAUGGUAUAUAACAAAGUAUUGAGAAACUUUUGUUAUUGACCAAAUACUUAUUUUCCACCAUAAUUUGCAAAUAAAUUCAUUAGAAAUCCUACAAUGUGAUUUCCUGAAUUUUUUUUUUUCCUCUCAUUGUCUGUCAUAGUUGACGUGUACCUAUGAUGAAAAUUACAGACAUCUCUCAUCUUUUUAAGUGGGAGAACUUGCACAAUUGGUGGCUGACUAAAUACUUUUCCCCCCCACUGUACAUGUACAUAUUAAAUUGCACGUAUAAAGUGCAUAUGUAAAUGUAUCUGAUCGUCUUCUCCUUCACAUCUCAGGUGGAUCCACGCCUGCUGCCAGGGCCUGAACACAGAUAAGGAUGUAGAGAAUGCAGCAGAUGAUGGCUUUGACUGCACCAUGUGUCGAAUGCACGCUCUGCCUUCACAGGGUAAGACUCCAGACCUAGCCCACACACGGUGA